AUGGAGAACCAAACUGAUUCACCAGACUUUAUUUUCCUUGGACUUUCUAAUGAUCCUCAACUACAGAUCUUUUACUUUCUGAUCUUCUCAAUCAUUUUUCUUGUCACAUUGUCAGGAAAUAUCACAAUCAUUCUGAUAAUCAGGAUAGAUACUUCUCUCUCUACACCCAUGUAUUAUUUUCUGUCUCAUUUGUCCUUUGUAGACAUUUGUUACUCCAGUAAUACUGUUCCUAAGAUGUUAAUUAGUUUUCUAAUGAAGGAAAAGACAAUUUCAUUCACUCACUGCAUGAUUCAAAUGUUUUGUACUCUUCUACUAGGUGCUACAGAGAUUUUCCUACUUUCAGCAAUGGCUUAUGAUAGAUACACUGCUGUGUGUGACCCACUUCAUUACAUAAUGAUCAUGAAUAAAGCAAUAUGUAGUCACUUGGUUUGGGGAGUAUGGUUAAUGGGUUUGUUAACUGCAUUAAUAAACACAGUGCCCACAUUGAAUUUACACUUUUGUGGUCUUCAUAGGAUUAAUCACUUCAGCUGUGAACUUCCUGCCAUACUGAAAGCAUCCUGUUCUGAAACUUUCCUAAAUAAUACCAUUCUCUUGACUUCUGUAUUGAUUUGUGGACUUGGUUCCUUCAUAACAACUUCAAUAUCCUACAUUUGUAUCAUCUCCACUAUCAUGAAGAUCCAUUCCAAAGAAGGCAGGAGCAAAGCUUUCUCUACCUGCAGCUCCCACCUCAUUGUUGUGGGUUUGUUAUAUAUGACAGGAUUGUUCCAGUACAUGAAAAACAGCAGUGUAUCUUCCAUUACAUUGGAUGAGAUUUUCUCUAUUCAGUAUAAUAUUUUGACCCCAAUGCUGAACCCAAUUAUUUAUAGUUUGAAAAAUAAAGAAGUGAAGAGGGCACUUGGAAGAAUAUGUAAGAAAAAUUAA